AUGAUCUUCUCCACUCUAGCUAAAAGAACUUUUACCUCCACUGCAUUCAACCCUUAUAAAGUAACGGUGCUUGGUGCUUGUGGUGGUAUCGGUCAACCAUUAUCUCUAUUGAUGAAAUUAAAUGAAAAAGUUACAGAUUUAAGAUUAUAUGAUAUUAAGAACGCUAAAGGUGUCGCCACUGAUAUUUCCCAUAUUCCAACAAAUUCAAAAGUUACUGGUUUUUCCGCAGAAGAAGCUGACGGUCUUAAUAAUGCUUUAAAAGAAUCUGACUUAGUCCUAAUUCCAGCCGGUGUACCAAGAAAACCAGGGAUGACUAGAGACGAUCUGUUCAAUAUUAAUGCUGGAAUCGUUUACGAUUUGGCUACUGCCGCUGCUAAAAACGCUCCAAACGCUGCUAUCUUAGUCAUUUCCAACCCUGUUAACUCCACUGUACCAAUUGUCGCAGAAGUAUUUAAAAAGAAUGGUGUUUAUAAUUCAAAGAAAUUAUUCGGUGUUACUACUUUAGAUAGUAUUAGAGCCUCUAGAUUCAUCUCUGAAAUUGUGAAGACUGAUCCAACAAAGGAAACUAUUAACGUUAUUGGUGGUCAUUCCGGUAUUACUAUCAUUCCAUUAUUAUCUCAAACUAAAUAUGGUUCCACUUUAACUAAAGAACAAAAGGAAGCUUUGAUCCACAGAAUUCAAUUUGGUGGUGAUGAAGUCGUUAAGGCUAAGAACGGUGGUGGUUCUGCUACUUUAUCAAUGGCUCAAGCUGGUGCAAAAUUCGCUAAUGCUGUCUUGUCUGGGUUUGCAGGUGAAAAGAACGUUAUUCAACCUUCUUAUGUAGACUCCCCACUAUAUAAGAAAGAGGGCAUCGAAUUCUUUGCCUCUCCGGUCACUUUAGGACCAAAUGGUAUUCAAGAGAUUCAUCCAAUUGGUGAAAUUAAUGGUGAAGAAAGUGAAUUAUUGAAAGAAUGUAAAGAAACUUUAAAGAAGAAUAUCGAUAAAGGUAUUAAGUUUGCUGAUUCUAAGAAAUAA